AUGUCAAAUCAUAAUAUAGAACCCACUUUUGAAUUUAUGAAGGCCCGGCAAGAAGCGAAAGGGUACAACGAUGGUACUUCAGACCAUGCAAAUAUCAAUAGUGGGUGCAACGAUGGUACUAAGCAUGUCCCCGGGAACCAUAAUUUCUCCGAUGCAAAUGUCAACCCUGGGGCCAAAGUGUGCAACGAUGCUACUGCAGACUCGUUUAACAACCAUGGAAGUGGGAAUCAGAAUUUCUCCAACUCAAAGAUCAACAGUGGCGCAUAUGCAGGUGAUCAGAACACGUAUAACACCUCAAACAACUAUGGUGGUCGCACUAUAAAUAACAGUGGUACUUUCAUUGGCAAUGGCAACGGUGGCUUUAACUCCUCCACAAGUAACUACUACUAUUAG